AUGGAGCUCUGCUUCCAGGUACUAGCCCUGGCGGACCAUCUCUCCCAGCUGGAUUCCGAGGAGUUAAGUACCGCGGAGCUCAAGGGUUUGGAUGCGGGAGAUGUGCAACGUCAGCUUUCCAGACACCUGGUCGAUCAAUUUUGGUGCUCCGUAUUGCGGCGGUCGCCGCAUAGCCCAGCGACGCAUUCAUGGCGCCAGAAGAACAGCCGCUACAGCGCCUCCUCCAUUUUGGAGGAUCUGGAGCUGAGCGCAAGGAAAAGGGUCGUUCGAGCCGCGCCGCAUGUUGGCUCAGCCUUUGAAGAAUCCAGAGAGGGACCUUCAAGCCGUGCUUCGACACGUCAAAGCGUCAGCUCCAAUACGAAAUAUCAAUGCAAAAAUGUCUACGUUGACGUUGCGUUACAUUUACACCGUGAGGCGCUCCGUCGGAAGGGCCUCCAUCUGGAGCUACUGGCAAUGGACACAUUGCUCCAACUCUUGGAAUCCGUAUCGCAUGUGGAACGCUGGCCUGCUAAAAGGAUACGGCUCUCACAGGAUCCAUCACGUUGGACGCAUUUGACAUGCCGGACUGAGGUGCUGGAAAUGUUCUGCCACCUUUCGUCGGAGCCUGAACCGUGCAUGGAGGCACUCGAGCUGGGAAGGCACGCACUCGUUCGCAAGGGAGUCCGUGAGGUACGGCAAAUAGACACUAAGCUGAUGCUUGGGAACCUUAACAGCCGCGGUUUCGGCGUUGACGAAUCAUUCAAGUGGACAUCGAGUUACUCGGCUCCCUCCUUCCGCAAACCGACAAAGCCAAUCCCUUCCGAUAGGUGGACGUCGGAGGCAUUCGAUAACGCACUAAGCAGGCUGCCAAACCUCGAUGCGGCGACUGGAUCUUCCGUAUCAGUUGCAACCGGUUUGGACAAGCUGACCAUCAACUCCUCGCUAGGAUCUGGUGAGACCAAGUUGCCCAUAAAUUCUGCGUGGUUGCCGGUUGCAACUUCCACCGAUAUGGAGUCAAUUAAGGACUUCAAUGUGACUAUUAUACCACCUCCAUUACCAACUAAGGACGCAUAUAUCGAAAAAUUGGAUAACAAGGUUACCAGUAAUUGGGUGUCGAGCUCCGUGAAACGCACGUAUGAGGCCCCCUUUGUAGACAACGUAUUCGUACCUGAUCCCAGUGGUUCUGAACAAAAGAAGACAGCUCAAGCAUCCAGGGUGCCUGAACACACUGUUCGGUUCUUUGAAAAUAGCCUCGAUGCUUUACAAUCAGAGCUGUCGCGGGUGAACGUCUUCUGCCAUGUAGACCCCAAGUCACGGACGCCUUUGCAUAAGUACGCUCCGUGGCAGACAUUACCAUCGUUUGACUACCUGGCUUUGAAGGGAAACAUGGGCAGAUUUGGAGGUUCAGCAGUCAACAGAGAAUCCAUUGAGGAAGCCAUGGUUGGAUUUACAGUGCGUCGUCUGAAUGGGGCAGUUCACAAAGGACCAGAUAAAAACGCCAACGAGUGUGAUUGGUUUAGCUCCUUAGUCACAGGCUUACAGGGUCUUGAGUCGGACCUUUUUGCCUCUGAAACUAGGUGCGCUUAUGAUGCCGACCCCUCGUCGGUUCCAAUCCCGCUCCACAAAUGGGUUGCCGACGUCGUUGGUAACGGUCAAUGGUCUCCCAAAGCGCUAUGCGAAGGGAUUGUAGGCGACUUUCUGGCGCAGCUUAAGGGCAAGGUUGUCCCUGAACUAGUGGAGGCAUCGUCUGAUCGCCUUCUCGUCAAAUUGCCCCUUGCAAUAGCCCCAUGGCAGGGAAGCGAGUUGGCAGCGUUAAUGCGUCUCCAAUGCACCCCAUUUUUGAAAGCGUUACCGGGAUAUUCGAGCCUAAAAUUCGUUCUCUCAGAGCUGGCCGAGAUCGGCAGCACCAUCCGCAACCUCAAAUACUUCGUUGCGCUAAUCAGGUGCCUCGAAAACAUCGGCUCUGGGAGAGCGGCCCUUGGAACAGUAAUAUCGGUUUAUGCAUCGGCCUUGGAUUCUUUUCUGUGUGAGUUUGAGGGCGCAGCAUCGCGAUUUUUCGAAACUGACAUCAGUGGCAGUUUGUGCGAAACCAUCAGCGUGUACAGUGUCUACUUCGGUCGAUUGCAACCUUGGAUGGGAGCUUUACGCUGGUUGUCAGAUGUCUCAUUCACGUCAGGUGAAGCGGGUGUAGAUGGCAAACACUUCGUUCUUCCGCGUGGUUCGUGGCUACUGGAACAUUUGGUGUCCAAGUACCUUGGCAGUUUCGGCAAUACGGAAGGCACUGACUCCAUUGCUCAUCGCUCAGUGUACAGGUGCGUAAUCACUACCUUGAAGCCGUACUUGGGAUUCAUUCGUCGCUGGGUAACUGGGUGGCGUGGCGAGGAUGAACCUUGCGACGAGUUCCAGCAUGAUGGGCAUUUACGCGUAAUAUCGCCGCUAGUCGCAAUGGAGGGCAUUAUCCAAUCCUCUCGAGAACUCUGCGUUUUCAUUGAAUGUCAUUAUUAUGCCCACUUGCCUGCAGCGGAUUCUGUCUUCUCUCGCUAUCUAAUCGGAGAUGAUACCCCAUCUGGCAUCAUCUCGGCAACCAGCGGCGAAAACACCGAUACCACGAUUCCAUUUUCCGACCUCAUCAGGGAUAUUAACGACGACUUGCUGGCGAAUCAUCAUUGGUUAAAUCUGGAGACGCUCAAUCUGUUGAAGUCUGAUUAUCGCAUUUUUGACAUUCUGAAGGACAUCGACGGUUUUGUGUUCUUCUCGAGAUUCGACCUGAUGGAAGGCGUUUUUGAUGAAUGGUCGCGUGGGAAGGAUUCUGACUCAUAUGCCACCUUCUUCCAAUCACCCCUUCGUGUUAGGGUGUCUGUCGAGAGCGCUACGGAGUUCAGGAGGGCGGGGGCCACCCUCGAGUUCUCGGCAGGAUUGUUUGACAGCUACAUUUUCACUGAGGAUGUUGUAGAAUGCUACAACAGCAUCUUCCGGCAGCUCUGCACAGUCCACCUGGGAUCGAACAAUGUGCUGCGAGUCAUUCGCUGGUUGUGCCUCAACUUCAGAGGAAGUUGCAAUAUAGGAACUCGCAGAUGCGCCCCCAUCCUGCGGGUGCUGUGCCUUUUAACGAGGGACAUGCACGCCAUGAUGUCUAGCCUGGAGUGGUAUUUGCGCUACGCAGCACUGGCUCCCUCGUACGCGGACUUCAUGCGCACUGCGGAUGGCAUCACCGGAUUUACCGAUUUUGUGUCGAACCACAAGGCCUUCGUACGGCGUGCACGAAACGCGUGCCUAAUGUCGCCGGAUAGCGUGCGCUAUAGCGCCCUCAUCAGGGCUCUCUGCUAUUGUUGCGGUAUAUUACACGAGAGCGUGCUAGGUUUGGGCUUCGACGUACUGAGGACGGUGGAACACGCAGAUGCGUUGAUGGCACUAGAAUUGCCUUGUCGCGAACUCGCUGCCAAGUUUGACCGCCUCAAGCGGGAAUUCUUUUGUCUGGUGAACUCAUCGCACGAUCCUGCUCUGUUUCAACUGGGGACUAUACUACAAGCCACCACUAACUAUACAGUUUGA